CAAUGUUAAUGUCAAUUGAUCAGAAUUGUUUAAAGUUCUCCCAGAUUACUAAAGAUCUUACAAAUUAAGUAAUUUUUCAUCCUCAUGUCAUUCAUUCUCACUUAAAGUCCAAAAGAGCAUGUUUUGAGAACGUUCUUCAAAAUAUAUAUUUUGUGUUUGUAAAGUCAGCUUUGCAACGAUGGUAAAUAAAAUGGCAUAAUUUUUGUGACGUCUCUUUUAAUUUAGUCACCCAAGAUUGUAUUUUUUAUUCUUCAGUUCAAACAUACUGAUUGGACCACGUGGGACAAACCAGAUGUCAAAUCUCCCGAAAUUCCUAAAAACAACCGGGAUAAAACGCGCCGGUUUUUAACAAACAAGCUUAAACAGAGAAAGUUUUCACUCGGAUUGUUCGCAGCUGCUUCUCGGCUCCUCUGGUUGUUUCACGCUUGAUAGACUCGCACCCACCACGCAGAAUAUCACGGGCUGUGUUUCCAAACCCAUUGAGACCCCUACUUAGAAAACAUUCUUGGAAUGCAUAACAACGCGUAGCAUUUUUGGGCAUUAGGGGCGCACGAGGCAUUUUGAGCUCUGCUAACUGCGCAAGACAUCAACGGCCAGAAACGUUGCGCGGUCUCGUGACGCUCUUUAGGUAGGCUGCUCCUGAGGUUUGGAGACACAGCCCUUGCGUUCAAAGAGCCGUGUUCUGGACACCGCUGCUCAGUCUGACAGCCACGUCUCAUCGAUCAAGAACUGACCAAUACAAGUAAACUAUCGGAAAGUAACCAGACAGAAUUUCAGCAUGGAUCAAUGCGCGGAUAGAAAUGUGGAAAAACAAAGCGCUUCGAAACCGGUUUAUUUGCGCUAUUUAGUGUCUUUUCCCACGAUAUUGUGUUUCGUCUUGUCGUUGAGUUCAAUCGCGGUGUGUUUUCUGAUGACUUUUAAAACGCAUCAAAUGGAGAGCCGACUGCAAGAGCUGGAGAUAAAGUUGAGUGACAUCUGUCAAGAAUCUGUCAGCCGGGAUCUGCGGAGCUCUUUCGAAACUCUCUUACAAGAGAGGCUGAAUGAAGCCGUGCCCAAAUUGCGUGUGGCCAGAGACGUGACACAAGACUGCAACUGUCCUCCAGGUCCUCCUGGGAAACGUGGAAGAAGAGGUGACCCUGGACCCCCAGGCAAGCAUGGGCGAGACGGUUACCCGGGUCCACUCGGUCUGGAUGGCAAACCUGGUCCUCCUGGACCUAAAGGAAGCCAGGGGCUGCCGGGACCGAAAGGAGAUAAGGGUGACCAGGGAGACACUGGGCCAAGGAUGGUCUUCCCCCGCUACGAUCACGGUUACAUCUCAGCCGAUCAGCCCAGUUUCCAGCGGCGUAUGCUGAAGGGUGAUCAAGGACAGGCCGGGCCAGCUGGACCUCCAGGCCCUCCUGGAGCACCUGGACCAAGAGGCCCCCCAGGGAACACUGGGAAGGAUGGCCCGCGUGGCCCACCGGGAGAUCAAGGUGCCCCUGGACAAGAUGGAAUGGAGGGGCCGAGAGGUUUACCAGGAAAACCAGGUGAAGUUGGCGAACAAGGUUACCUAGGACCACAGGGACCCCCGGGGUCAAAGGGUGAGCGGGGAGAGACAGGUCCUCAGGGUGACAGAGGGACAGACGGUCUGCCAGGUUUAAAGGGAGAUAAGGGAGAUGUUGGAGAACAAGGACCCGAGGGUGAAAUAGGUCGUCCUGGUGAGAAGGGCACAUCAGCAUCCAGUGACAUCAUCGACUUCAAUGGCAAACUCUUAGAUGCUUUUCAGGCCAUUAAAACCAUCAGUGUCUCGGGACCACCUGGCCCCCCGGGACCACCAGGAAAAGAAGGGCCAAAGGGUGAGCUUGGUUUGCCUGGGCCUGCUGGGCUUGAUGGUGAAAUGGGAGAUAAAGGAGAGACCGGAGAGCGCGGUGUAGCUGGAGAGAGGGGAGAGAAAGGAGAAAUGGGUCUUUCUGGUCCUUCUGGAAUGGACGGGCAGAAAGGAGAUAAAGGAGAUUCUAUACUAGAGGACAACCUGGUUCAGAUGAUUUCACAACCAGGACCACCAGGACCUCCUGGAUCACCAGGACCUCCAGGAUACAUGGGUCAUCGUGGCAUGCCAGGCCCCAAAGGUGAUCCGGGGGAAAAUGUUAAAGGAGAAAAGGGAGAGAUGGGCACUCUAGGAAUUCAAGGCCCCCAGGGUCCUCAGGGUCCUCCAGGGGCAACAGGAUUGGUUGGCUUGCCUGGCACCAAAGGUGAAAAGGGAAAACAGGGGGAACCUGGAUUAGAUGGUUUUCCUGGCAUUAAAGGAGACAGGGGCGUGCGUGCGGAGAGAGGAGAAAAGGGGGAUCGUGGUCCCGUUGGAAAGAGGGGCCUCAAAGGAAAGAAGGGAGAACAGGGACCUCCAGGUCUGGACCAGCCCUGUCCUGUGGGAUCUGAAGGAUGUAAAAAAGAGCCAGUGGAAACAGGGCAGCUGGUCUCAGAGGACCCCUGUCCACUGGGUCCAGAUGGACUUCCAAUACCAGGCUGUUGGCACAAGGAUCAGGGGAUGCUUCAGAAACUCAAGAGAAAGCGUCUCUCCCAGCCGUGACGUUCUUCCAAAUCCAGAGGAAUUAAAAUGACUCGACAGUCCCUUAAGGGUCAGAAUCUCAAUAAUACCAGUUAAUAUUGACUCUCCUCGGUGUGCAGGUCAAACAAGGGUUCAAACUGCCCUCAGUAAAUGCUAUAUUUUUCUGGAGGAGCAUAAAUGAGCUUUUAGAGAUGACGAGAGAUGGGGGAUUGGCCUCGUGGAUGCGGCUGCUCUGUAGGACGGCUGCAGCGACACAGGAGGUUGGGAGAUGGAAAUGAAGAUAGAACAGCUCAUUAUUGUGAGAAUAUUAUUGAACAGUAGUUUAUGAUUUAUUUCGUGUGUUACUGUUAUGCUUGGUUUAUUUCUUUGUUUUAUUAAUGUUUUGCAGUAAUAUAAGCAAGAACACAAAGAAAGCAUCAGGUAUUGAGUCCUAAAUACCAUCUUUUGGAUGGCAAGCAUUUACACACUAUUGCCAGGGAAUAUAAUCAUUGACGGUUAAAGGAAGUAUUACAAAUCAUUACAUCUAUCUGUUUAUUUUUUAUUUCUUUAAUACUACUGCAUAUACAUUUAGAUAUAUUUUGUUAGCGGAUAUGUGUUGAUACUUUGUAUGAGAUACAUUAACUGUGACUACCUGAAUUUUAUUUGACGUCACAUUUUUUUUAUACAUAUUCUAUAUUUUUGUUCAUAGUAAUUUAUGGUUUGUACUCUUGCUUUUUGAAGAUGGUCUGAACUGAAGGUGUUUUCGUGAACUGAGGAGUUUGAAAAGGGGCCGUUUUUAAAGCUGAGAAAGUUUUAGUGCUCUACGAUCUUUCAUAGCAUGAAAGCAAAGAAAGAUAACACUUUGUUUGACAAUUUCAUUUACUUUGAUAACUUCGUUUGGAUUUCAGAGAUUUAACACAGACAUUCACAUUAGAUGUUGCUUUUGAAGUUUUAGCAUGUUUAGCAUACAUUUCCAUUGUUUUGGCAAAUCCUCUUUGAGGGAUUUUAAAACCAUUCUACAUAAGCUCUUCUCAAAUAUUUAUUGUUAACCAUCAAAUAACCGGACAUCAGUUUAUAUAGCGGUUCUUAUAUUUGUAACAUAUGUUACUGCACAUAAUACGUUAGGAUUUCUAUGGCAUUAUUUGGAAGACAAAUGUUUCACAUUAAAGUGAAAUAAAAAGUCUUGAUUGACCAAUAGCAUUGGGAUGUUUUUCGAACAAAACAAAAAGAAUGGGAGGAAAAUUCCAGAAUGUGUUACUGUAUAGUUUUUGUUUUUCUUUGAAUUUCUUUACAGUGUUUAUUCAACACAAUGUUUUCCUUAAAGGUAUUGAAAGAUUUUGCUGCUGAGUUAUUGUGUUUGAUAGUUGAUAUGGAAUAAGGAACAAUAUCCUUAUCCACUGCCUUACCCGACAGCCAUUUUUGCUCUCUAAGAUGUGUUUUAUAAAACAGAUAUUAAAGUUUGUAACAAGUCCGUUGUUGUUGUUUAA